GCACCGGCGUGAACCCAUUCGUUCCGGCUUGGUCACAUCACAAGUCGGGGCUGCUGAUGCAAUGCGCGAAGCUGGUGCUUCUCCCUCUCGCAGUUUUGCGACUCUGCAUGGUUGCAACAGCUUUUCUAUGGUUGGUACUCGCAGAAUUGCUAUGCUGGCCUCUUAGCGCCGUUCCCGUGGUGAGGCGACCCCUGCACUGGCUUUUGUCUUAUGCGGGAUGCAGUCUCGCACUACUUGGCCUUGGCUUCUGGUUUACCGCAGGAGGUCAUGUGCUGGCAGAUCAUCGACGGCUGAAGCUUGCACCUCCAAAGGUGAGCCGCUCGUCUUGUUAUGAUGCUCGACGAGGAUGCCUGGUGCUAUCAAACAUGCAGGGCCUGACAGAUGUCCUGUACUUGGGCAUGAGGCUGUGUCCUGUGUUUGUCUUUCCGGCAGUUGAUGGGUCGCCUAUCCCAUACUACUCGAUUCUGGGGGCACUUCGCAGGGCUGGUGCCCGGCGGGCUUCUCCAGCUUCUGAGAAGCCGCAGUCCUUGCGUGACAUCGCAGAAGAAGCCAGGGCAGGCUGGCGUGGACCUGUUGUUGUCUUUCCGGAAGGUGCGCGCACAAAUGGGACGGCAGUCCUGGCCUGGAAGAAGAGCACCUUCCAGGGAUUGCAAAGCUUUGAGCAACCCGUGGGCACCGCGCUGGUGACCCUGGAGUACAACAAAGAAGGUGCAUACACUCCUCAUCAUACUGUUGGAACCAUCUUCAAGCAUAUUCUGUUCCUUUGCAUCCAGCCGUUCCACUCCGUGAAGAGCACAUGGCUUCCAGCCAGUGAUGUGGCGACUGCUGUGAAGGGCAAGCCAACGACAGAGGCCAUGGCACUUCUGAGGUCAGUACUUGCCAGGAUGAUUUCGGGAGCCGUUGAAGUGGAAUUACAUGCUGAAAAACACCAAGAAUUCAUGGCGUUCUGGGAGGCAGCCCAGCAGAAGGGUUACACAAAGGCAUCCAAGAAGUCAUGA